AAGGCUUCAGAAGAAAAUCUAAAAACCGAACCAACCAAGUUGUUUUCCUUCUUAUUCUAGGUUUCUUCCUCAAAUUGGGCUUUGCUCAGACCAAUCCGAUUCGGAUCCCUGCAGGAAGGAAGCGAAGGACACAUUAAUCGACGGAAGGCAGAAAAGGGUAAGAAAAGAAAGAGGAAGGGGCUGCGAAGGGAACGCCGGUUUCCCGCUUUCGCUGAAAUUUACCUCUUUGAGGAAGCAAGGUUAGGAAGGUUUGGUGGAUCGGUGGAAGGGAAGGGUAGAGAAAAAAAAGGUUCUUGAUUUCUUGAGACGCCUCUCCUCUUUCUCCCUCGCGUCGACCUGUCCCUUUCGUCGCUUUGUUGUUCCUCUUUUGUUUUACGGGACAGGACAAAGCGAGCGGGAGAGAAAUAACUUCUUGGGGAAGGAGACUGACGCUGCGCAAGGUUAAGGCUCGGGAAAUUUUGGGCUUUUGGCAAAAGUAGGAAUGGGGCAGGGAGAGGUGUUGACUCCGGAGAAACAAGCUGAGAGAUUGAAGGAAGACGGCAAUUCCUACUACAAGAAAGAAAGAUUUGCAGCUGCCAUUGAUGCUUAUACCGAGGCGAUUGCGCUGUGCCCUAAUGUGCCCGUUUACUGGACUAAUCGCGCGGUUUGCCAUCGGAGACGCAACAACUGGAAGAAAGUUGAAGAGGAUUGUCGGACGGCUAUCAAGCUUGAUCCCAAUGCCGUUAAGUGCGAUGACUUGUGUAGCCUUGUCGCUCGUUCAACCUUGCUUUCCACUCAUGAACAGGCGCACUAUAUGCUGGGACUUGCUUUACUACAGAGAGAAGAGUAUGCUGAGGGAGUUAGGGCGCUGGAAAGAGCCAUGGAGCUUGAAACAGGUGCAAACCCUACAGGAAAAAAUAUGGUGGAAGAAAUAUGGCAAGAGCUUGCAAAAUCCAAAUACAUUCUCUGGGAGAAAACAUCUACACAACGUUCAUGGGAAUUGCAGAGCUUGAAAGAAGCUUGCGAGAAUGCUCUUAGAGAGAAGUACUUCCUUGAUGACCAUCAAAGUGAAGGAUUUUUGGAUGAGACAGCUGCUGCCUGCAAUGCACAACAGUUAGAUGAUCUGGACAAAGUGUUUAAGAAGGCAGGAGAAGAUGACGUCCCUUCGGAGGUACCAGAUUACCUUUGUUGCAAAAUUUCUCUCGAUAUCUUCCGCGACCCUGUCAUCACACCAAGUGGGGUGACAUAUGAGAGAGGAGUGAUUCUCGAUCACCUUCAGAAGGUGGGAAGGUUUGAUCCAAUCACACGUGCACCACUUGAACCAUCUCAAUUGAUUCCAAACUUGGCUAUAAAGGAAGCUGUCCAGUCAUAUCUACAGAAACAUGGCUGGGCGUAUAGGACGGACUGAAGGUUUCAUAUUAGAGGUUAGAGCCUGAAGUCUGCAUUAGCUGAUAGUGAAGGUGUGUCUCCAGGCGUUCUUGUGAAUCAUCUUCUAUUCUAUCGUGAUGGGUUGGUUGGAUGGGAUGGAUAACUUUGUAACUUAUGGUAAACGCUUGGAAGUCGGAAAGUGCUUCCAAAUGCGAAUGAAUGAGCUUGGUCAGUUUGACUGGAAGAGGGAGGAAUGGAGCAGUUUUUGUUGAAUUUGUAUGGUUUUCGUAGUCUGAGUCACUGGUUUGUCUCCUGUACAGAAGCAUUUCAUCAGCAACCGCUUACCAAAUGAACUGAUUCUUUUGCUUGAUAUGAAGCAACAUUAUCAAAGACUGAAGGCUUCUCGUCUCUAAUUUUUACGUCCGUUCGUGGUUUGGUGU